AUGUUUUUUCGCGAGAAAAAAGAGGACGUCGCUGAUGUAUCCAUACGACCCCAUGAUUCCGAAAAGGUCGAGGAAGAGUAUAUGUAUUCAACCACUAUGGGCCCUGGUUCCAUCACAUCAAAGCACACGAUCGAUUUGCAAGAGGGAACCAAACGUGGCCUUGAUGCACGCCAUGUCCAAAUGAUCGCGUUAGGCGGUGCUAUUGGUACAGGCUUGUUUUUAAACUCUGGUGGAAACAUUGCGACAGCUGGACCUGCCGGUGCUUUCAUCGCAUACUGCGUCAUUGGUUUCAUGGUUUAUUGUAUCAUGACGUGCCUUGGUGAAAUGGCUACCUAUAUGCCAGUAUCUGGUUCUUUCAACCACUACGCUACCCGAUUCGUGGAUCCAGCUCUUGGCUUUGCUCUUGGAUGGAAUUACUGGUUUUCGGCUGUCACUAUUGCAACGGAGUUGGCAGCAGCAGCUACAAUCAUCAAAUGGUGGCAACCUGUCAUGCCAGACCCGGCAUGGUCAACUAUCUUUAUGGUCUUGAUUCUUGCAAUCAACCUUGUUGGUGUUAGGUUGUAUGGUGAAAUCGAAUACUGGUUCGCACUUGUCAAAAUUUUGAUCGUCAUCAUGUUCAUCAUCAUUGGUAUUCUUGUUGCCGCUGGCGCUGUUGGUGGUGCAGGUCCCACAGGCUUUAGGUACUGGAAUGAUCCUGGAGCCUUUGCAGGUGGUCCAGUGGGCACCGUCAGCGUUUUGUUGUCAGCUGGUUUCUCCUUUCAGGGAACCGAAGUUGUUGGCCUUACCGCUGGUGAAUGCAAGAACCCCACUCGUACUAUCCCACGUGCCAUCCGCAACACUCUUUGGCGUAUCGUUAUCUUUUACAUCAUCACCAUCUUCUUGAUCGGCUUGUGUAUUCCAUCCAACGACGAAAGAUUGGGAGAUGGUGAGGACACCACAACUGCUUCCUUCACUCUCAUUUUCGAUAUCGCAGGCAUUGAAGUUGCCAGCCACCUUGUCAACGUUGUUAUUCUUCUCAGCGUGCUCUCGGCUGCAAACUCAGCUCUUUAUACAACAUCUCGUACCUUGCUUGGUCUUGCACGUGAUGGCAAUGCUCCCGCCUUUUUGGGUCGCGUGAAUCGAUUUGGUUCACCUUUUUGGGCCGUUGUCUUUUCAUCUUUGAUCGGCUUUGCUUGCGUAUUUGUGUCGAUUUAUAGUGCCGAAGAAGCGUUUACUUGGUUCUUGAGCAUUACUGCUGUGAGCGGUUUUAUCAGCUGGUCUGGUAUUGCGUUUGUGCAGCUACGAUUUCGUAGAGCCUAUGUCAAACAAGGUCGUAGUCUUGAAGAGUUGCCUUUCCGUGCAUUUGGAUACCCUUACACCGGCAUCUUUGCCGUCGUGCUUACUAUAUUGAUUAUUCUUGGACAAGGCUAUGGAGCUUUCGCACCAGAGUUUGAUGGUGUGACCUUUGCUACCAACUAUAUUGGCCUCGUCCCUGCCAUUGUAUGCUAUGUUGGCUACAAGCUCAUCCGACGUACCAAGGUUGUACCUCUUCUUGACGUAGAUUUCGAAACGGGUCGCGUCACUGAUCUUGAUGUUGCCAAGGAUACUGAAGAAAUCGGUCAUUUGCCUUGGUAUAAGCGAGCCUUGGCAUGGAUCUUUUAA